AAUCAGCUAAGAAGUUGACAGGAGGAGGGGUGGAGGAGAAAUUCCUUGUACGCUAAGAGCAGGCUGACCUGAUAAAAUGAGCUCCGUCUCUCUCAUUUCCUGAGUACGGCUCAAGAAGAAGUGUUAGAAGCAUUGUUGUGCGAUAUGAAGGCUCUUCUAGUAUUUGUGGUUUGGGCUCAGCUGUCCAGUUCACGGGCUGAGCCCUCUCCUCAGCCCAUUGCUCCUUUACUCUUGGAUUCCACUAAUUGCAACGACUCUAAUACAAUAAAGGUGUCAGGUUUGGCUCUGCAGGAAAUCAAUAGAAACCGCAGGGAAGGUUAUAUCUACAACCUGGUCAGCAUCAGGAGCGCUCUGAAACAGUCUCAGGGUAAUGCAGGCAUGGUGUAUUAUCUGACUCUUGGUGUUGAUGAAACGGAAUGUCACGUGCUGAGUAGGAAAGACUGGAGAUCAUGUGAGAGUAGGAUGUUCCAUCAAUCGGUUGCAGGUGAAUGUAACGCAACAUUACACAUCAACAAUCUAGAAAGGAUUGUCUGCUUGCAUGACUACAACUGUUCCUUAACCUCAGCUGAUCGACGCACCGUGAGUGAAAUAUGUCCAGAUUGUCCGAUAGAUCGUGAUGAUAAGGAGAAUGAAUCAUCAAUCAACAGUGCUAACAAGGCUCUUACAAAUUACAACCAAAAUAGUAACAAUACCAAAUAUUUCAACCUUCUCAAUGUCACCAAGUAUUCAUUUCAGGGAAUGUUUUUUGAAGCACAUUUUGUGGAAUUUACCAUCGUGGAGACGGCGUGUUCAAAGAAACAGACUGUCAAAAACCUUUCAAAGUGCAAACCUUUAGCCCCUGGUGUUGCUCAAUUUGGUUUCUGCAAAGCCUCAGUACAAAUCGUCAACAUGAAAGAUGGUACAACUGUGACAUGUGAGCUCUAUCAGCCAGAGGAAUACAGGGACCUGAAUCAUCCUGAUCAUUGUCGUAAUCAAGCCCUUAUAGAACAAUUACCUAGAGAUCCGAGAGCGAUGAGAAAAGGCCAAACUUCAGGAAUGCCAACCUUUAUGCAAAUGAAUGAAACUGCAGAAAACCUUGUUGUGCUUCCAUAUUUUCCUUUGAAGCGAUCUUCCUCAAGUUCUUGCCCAUAUUCUGUAGGAGGGACUAAUUCUAUCCGGUGAAAAACAAAGCACCCUUUAUGAUACUUUUACAUCUAUAUAGAACUCCUUCAGGGUAAACCUUAGCAUGGGUUUCUGAGGGAUGUCUGAAUGGAAAAUGCAUGAAAAUCUGCAAUUUGAUUAAAUCAUCGAAUAUUUUCUUAACUUUUUAAUAAUGUGAGCUCAGUUGGAAAUACUAACAAUGAGUAUUAAUAACACUUUUACUUAGAUUUAAGCAGGCCUCUUGGAUGCAUUCUGCUGUGUGUUUGACCCAUAAGCUUUGCAUUAUCUAUUUGUUACAAUCCUGAUAUGUCAAUAAAAUCAACAGUGCUUUCAA